GAGACGUUUACUGGGCUAAUUCCAGUGUCACAUAACGAUUUAGAAAUACAUCUCCCAUUAUGACUUCAGUUUUCAAGGGCGUGUUAGAGUGUCCUAUGUUGUCACGCAAAUAAUAAGGGUUACGGGGACCGUUUUGGCGAGGAUUCUCACCUGCUCAUAUAUAUAUGAUCGUGCCGCUGGCCAGAGUAAACCGCGAGGCAAGACGCCGUUAUAGGUUGCUACGUCAAAAAGCAAGAGAUUCGAACAGACUGUAAUUGCCGGCGAAUGUGUCAUAACAUAUCACGGGGAUAGCAGCAGAACCAGCGAGUACAAAGUGCCGCUGGUGUGUUCAUCAUGAGAGAUGUUUCCAUCUGACUCGUUUUUACCUCCGCUGCAAUUCCCUUGGAGGAACGAUAAUUUACGGGGUUUAAGAAAUGAGCAGAUGCAGCAUGGCUGCAGUAUUUCAACUCUGAAAUAAAACCGAUCCUUUUUAACUGGACGGCGGGGGAUCUGUGUGUCACUGAGAUUCCCUACGUCAACUUUUUCUCCUACCGAUCAGAUGCUGCCCUGCUUGCAAAAAGCUCUACGGCCCAUCCUUUUUAGAAGGCCGGGACUUGUGUUGGGAAGGGCCCGCAGGAACAGCCCACCCACUGUCCGCAAGCCUCUGUCGAUGAUGCUCGUACAGAGCUGCGACUUGGGCACGCACCCCCACAAGGAACCGAUGGAGCCCCUGAACUCGCCCCGAGGGGCCAGAGAGUUCAUUUACAGCCUUCACCCCACCGAAAGAACGUGCUUACUUCGAGAGCUCCACCGGUUCGAAUCCAUAGCCAUAGCGCAAGAGAAACUGGAAAUGGCCCCACCCACAGCAGCUCAGCUGAGAUACGUGCUUCUUCACAAUGCCAUUCCCUUUGUUGGCUUUGGCUUCCUGGACAAUGCCAUCAUGAUUGUGGCGGGCACACAGAUCGAACUGUCCAUAGGUGUGAUCCUCGGAAUCUCCACCAUGGCAGCUGCUGCUCUGGGGAACCUGGUGUCGGACCUGGCUGGACUUGGCCUGGCAGGGUAUGUAGAGGCCCUGGCCUGCCGACUGGGCAUGCAGAUCCCAGACCUCACCCCAAAACAGGCGGACAUGUGGCAGACCCGACUCAGCUCCCACGUUGGAAAAGCCAUUGGGGUGGGCAUUGGGUGUCUUCUGGGAAUGUUUCCGCUGCUCUUCUUCAAAGAUGAAGAGGAGAAGAAGGCAGACGGAAAGGAGGGAUCGCAGCUGACUACCACAGAACCCAGCAGCAACUGAGUAUUCCCACAAGGACUUCCUUCCUGUGGAGCUGCAAAGCCACUGCAGACUUCUCUACAACAAACUGUCUUACUGCUAAAACGUAAAUUAGGUAAACCUAGUUAAACUAGUAUACUAACACUAUAAGCAUGACUCUAUGACUGUGCCCAUGUCUUACAUUUCUUAAAU